AUGAGAAAUAGGUCCAGGGCUGAGAAAUAUGCAGAUUUGACCACCACCCACAUUGAGUACAGGAGAUGGUCACAUAACCAGGAAGUGUUUUUGGUUCUUGAGAAUGCUCACCCCUUCUCAUAUUUUUUGAGUGCCUCUGAAGGAUCUCGGACGUGGUCUCAUGGAAAAGUUCCGGUGACUUUGAAGCCCCCGUUCAUUACAGUGUAUAAGCCUCAUAGGGUUGUGAAGCAGUUUGGGUUAGAUCAAGUAAUCCCUUACCCAAUAGCAGAAUCGCUCACUGAUGUCAGAGGUACUUGGCGAGUUGGGUCCCUUUCACAAGAAAGAAUUGAUGAGGUGGCCGAUUAUCUCAAUCGUAGAGAUAGAUAUAUGGCUGGUAAAGAGGUUGUUCCAGGUCUAGAAGAGGAGGAGGAGUUCGAUAGAAGCGUUCGUAACAAGGUAGCUGUAGGAGGGGAAGCUGAUCAAUUGAAUGAAGACAGACUGGAAUUGUACUUAGAGGAGAAUCCUUACUUACAACUUUCAACUCUGAUACCCUCAACUACUAUCAAUGCAGGGAAAGACAUUGAGACUACUACCAAUACCAAGUACUUCCGGUACCAUACCGAGGGUAGAGCACUCACUGAAAUGUGGCGAACCAUACCUAGAGAGAAAGAUCCCGAGACUGGGGAAGAGAGGCUUCAUGGAUCGGGUAAUUCCAUGGAUAUUCUGGUAGGCUCUCUUCCGAUAUAUGAAACGGGGCACCAAGGGGAAGCAGGAAUUAGACCAAUAGGGCACUGCUCCUUCGGGGGUUGGGAUGCCUUGCUACUUCUCCAAGGGAAAUCCGUUGUAUUGCUGAUUCCUAUGCUGAUAUCGUGCUAUUAUAGAGAUAGGUAG